AUGGCCGCGUCCACCACGUCCGUCUGCCCCGACUCCUGGCAGGUGGACGACUGCCCAGAGAGCUGCUGCGAGCCCCCCUGCUGUGCCCCCAGCUGCUGCGCCCCGGCCCCCUGCCUGACCCUGGUGUGCCGCCCAGUGAGCUGCGUGUCCAGCCCCUGCCGACCAGUCUGCACCAGCACCUGCACGCCCUCGUGCUGCCAGCAGUCUAGCUGCCAGCCGGCUUGCUGCACCUCCUCCCCCUGCCAGCAGUCCUGCUGUGAGCCCGUGUGCUGCAAGCCCGUGUGCUGUGUGCCCGUGUGCUGCAAGCCCGUGUGCUGUGAGCCCGUGUGCUCUGAGGCCUCUUCAUGCUGCCAGCAGUCCAGCUGCCAGCCAGCUUGCUGCACCCCGUCCUCUUGCCAGCAGUCCUGCUAUGUGCCCGUGUGCUGCAAGCCCGUGUGCUGUGAGCCCGUGUGCUCUGGGGCUUCCUCUUCAUGCUGCCAGCAGUCUAGCUGUCAGCCAGCUUGCUGCACCUCCUCCCCCUGCCAGCCGUCCUGCUGUGUGUCUGUGUGCUGCAAGCCCGUGUGCUGUGUGCCCGUGUGCUGCAAGCCCGUGUGCUGUGAGCCCGUGUGCUACAAGCCCGUGUGCUGUGAGCCCGUGUGCUCUGGGGUCACCUCCUGCCCAGCCCCCUCGUGCUGCCAGCCCAGCCCCUGCCUCUCCUCCUGCUGCAGACCCUCCUCCUGCGUGUCCCUCCUCUGCCGCCCCGUGUGCAGGCCUGCCUGCUGUGCCCCCGCCUCCUCCUGCCAGCCCAGCUGCUGCCGCCCGGCCUCCUCUGUGUCCCUCCUCUGCCGCCCAGCCUGCCCCCGCCCGGCCUGCUGUGGCCUCUCCUCGGGCCAGAAGUCCAGCUGCUGA